GGCGCAUACAUUGCCCACCAUACACUAUCUCUUGGACGAAACAUCAACCUAGCUCGUUUCAAGCAAGCUUGCCAGGAAAUAGUCAUCGCGCAUCCGAUCCUCCGAACUCGUUUCAUCUACCCUGAAAGAACUGGCACGCUUUAGGCCAUGCUGCGAGGUAAGAUCGAAUGGCAAUCAGGCGAUAGCAUGGACUGUUACAUGAAGAAUAACAAGCAGCAUCCCAUGCGAGCUGGGGAUGCACUCACUCGCUAUAAAAUCGUCCCAGACGAUAAAAACGACGGUUGGACAUUCAUCUGGACUGUUCACCAUGCCGUCUACGGUGCCUGGACAUUAGACCUGCUUUUCGACCGUCUUGGCAAGGCGUACAAGGGCCAGGCCCCAGCGCAGGACCACACGUUCAAGGAAUUUAUGACGUACGUGGCUAAAACUGAUGCUGAUGCUAGCCGUCAGUUCUGGACUGAAUACCUCUCUGGUGCAACACGUAACGAGUUCCCCUCGACAGUAUCCAUGUCCAAGCAGCCCGUGGCAGAUUCAUCUAGUAAAUAACAUGACUCUCAAUACCACCACGGACGAACUAUUCGGGAUUACUUUGCCCUCAAUGCUCCGCGCAGAAGAGAAUGUGCCAAUCAAAAGCAAAAAUCAGCACCCACGAAAAACACGUAAUUUUCACGCGUUAAUCAACCGAUAGGGGCCCUCUGGCACCUAUAAACCACCAUGGAGGCACAGAGACCCCGUGGUGGUGGUAUAUCGCACGCGUUGC